GAAGCACAAACACAGGGAUCGCGUGCGGAGAGAGAAACCAGCUGGCACUAAGACCACCCUGUAUGGCAAACUAAACACCGUGACAGGGUGAGAAACGGAGCUUCAGAAACUUCUUAUUAUUGACGACGAGGGCAGCAGCCGCCACGCGAUUCUACAUUCCUUUUCAUCCGUGCCUUUGCCUCAAACUGAGCAAACAUCUUUUUAGACAAGAGGAGAAGACAAUGGCGAGAUUUUGUCUUGAACCGUAAUCCAACAGCAACGCGCAGAAUCUGGCGCAUGCCCGUGCACAUUUCAUCUCAAACAACGCGCGCGCAGUGAUCGCCACAUGCCCGAGACAUGCGCUCGUGAACUGACACAUUUAAAAUUUUUCUGACGGCGCUCUAAGAACCUUGUGCAACUUUGCACUGAAGCUUGGAUGCGGUCGCGGUCGCCGCGGCUCGAGAGAGCAGCAGCGCACCAGAGGUUGGGAUUCAGCACUGAAACUGCGGACAGCGCGCGUGCAGAGUUCGUCCCGCGCCCUCGCCCUCCGGGACCAUCGCUGCCGCUUCUCACGAGCAGACAUGCAUCGUAACCAGUGUGUCGUUCCCGAGCGUCUGUUUACCUCCUUGUAAGCAUCAUUCUGAGAUGCAUUAACGACACGCGUGUGGACGGAGACGAGCCGUAUGGUAAAAAUAUAGGCUAGUAUGUCUGCACUUCGGAAGAAAUUUGGGGACGACUACCAGAUAGUGACCACCUCGUCCAGCGGCUCUGGAUUCAACCAAGCCGCCCCGGAGAAGAAAAGGAAACGGCAGAGAUUCGUGGACAAGAACGGCCGCUGUAACGUCCAGCACGGGAACCUCGGCGGGGAGACCAGCAGAUACCUUUCAGACUUGUUCACUACUUUAGUGGAUCUGAAAUGGCGUUGGAAUUUGUUCAUUUUCAUUCUCACAUAUACAGUCGCAUGGCUCUUUAUGGCUUCAAUGUGGUGGGUCAUUGCAUACAUAAGAGGGGACCUCAACCGAGCCCACGAUGACAAGUACACGCCGUGCGUCGCCAACGUUUAUAACUUUCCGUCCGCUUUUUUAUUCUUCAUCGAAACCGAGGCGACCAUAGGCUACGGCUACAGGUACAUCACGGACAAGUGCCCGGAGGGCAUCAUUCUCUUUCUCUUCCAGUCCAUCCUUGGAUCAAUUGUAGAUGCCUUUUUGAUAGGCUGCAUGUUCAUUAAGAUGUCUCAGCCCAAGAAAAGGGCCGAGACGCUGAUGUUUAGUGAACAUGCAGCUAUCUCCAUGAGAGACGGAAAACUCACUCUGAUGUUCAGGGUCGGGAACCUGCGCAACAGCCACAUGGUCUCCGCACAGAUACGCUGCAAAUUACUCAAAUCUCGGCAGACGCCCGAGGGCGAGUUUCUCCCGCUGGAUCAGCUGGAGUUGGAUGUGGGCUUCAGCACCGGCGCGGAUCAACUCUUUCUCGUCUCGCCGCUCACCAUCUGCCACGUGAUCGACAGCAAAAGCCCGUUUUACGAGCUUUCUCAGCGGUCCAUGCAGACAGAGCAGUUCGAAAUAGUGGUGAUACUGGAAGGGAUCGUGGAAACAACAGGCAUGACAUGCCAAGCACGGACUUCGUAUACGGAGGAUGAGGUACUGUGGGGCCACCGGUUUUUCCCGGUCAUCUCCCUGGAGGAGGGCUUCUUCAAGGUGGACUACUCGCAGUUCCACGCCACCUUUGAGGUGCCGACACCCCCGUACAGCGUGAAGGAGCAGGAGGAGGCUCUGCUCAUAGCCUCUCCACUUGCUGCACCAUCACUGUGCAACAGCGGUGAAAAAAACAACUCCCUGGACUGCCUGGAGCUGCUGGAGGUUGCCGAGGCAUCUGCCAAGCUCCCGACAAAGCUGCAGCGGAUGGCUGGGCGUGACGGGCUGCCCCGCAAGCUACUACGCAUGAGCUCCACCACGUCGGAGAUGACCUACAGCCUAGGAGACCUGCCCAUGAAGCUCCAGAGAAUCAGCUCAGUGCCAGGCGUGUCUGAUGAGAAGCAGGCCUCCAAAGCUGGCAGGAUCACCACCGAGCCCAUCAGCAAAUCGGUGGCAGACUUGCCGCCCAAGCUGCAGCGGUUGGCUGGGGGCGGGGGACGCAUGGACGGACAUCUGCCGCCCAAAUUACGGAAGAUGAACUCUGACCGCUUCACAUAGGAGGGGCAGUUCUCUGGAUGCACACAUCCGUGAGGUUUCUGAUAAGGCCCAAAACCUCAACGAUAACGUAGUGUAGACGCGUGUGCCUGCUAUACGUAUUAAGUUGGACAACUUGUUGCCACACAUUUUGCUCACGUGUGUGGGUUCACAUGCAGUGAACAGAGUCUUUCAGGUUGUUGUGAUUAUAAGCACAAUCUGACAUGAAUGGAAUACCACGUGCAUGGUUAACAUAUUUUUUCUCUUUGUCAGGCAUGACAAUUUGUGUAUAGUGUAUUUGAACAUUGACUGAAAUUUGCCAGGAAGAUGAAUACAAGCUGGACAUCUGACUAUCAAGCCAUAAGCUUAUGCAGUGGACACUUAUUCAUGCCUGAUAUUUAUUCAUUUAAUUUAGUUUUUGUUGUUUAGUGUGAAAUGUUUCCUAACAUUAUGUUAAAUGCAUGUUUGAACUAGCUAGAGAGAGGUAAUAGACACAAAUGUUAGCCUUAAAUAUAUUACCUUCUUUCUGUA